CUGCCUGAUCAAAGGAGAACACGUUAUGACAGGGACGAAACUUCCUCCACAAUCGAAGUGACUUAUGGUAAAGGAGAUGAAGCCGCUAGAGGAACAUGGGGAGGGAAGAUUGAAUUCAUACUCACUUGUGUCAGUUUCGCAGUCGGCCUGGGCAACGUCUGGCGUUUUCCCUACCUCUGUUUCAAAAAUGGCGGAGGUAAAUCACCAUGCAAUUUUCAUAACUUUGUAUAA